UGCGAUUACAGUGCUGUUAAACGUAUGCGUAGAAGUUGGUAAAUUUGUUUGUUGCGUGUUUUCUUUGCUCAAGUUGUGUUUUAAUUUCAAUUGCUUAGUGGUGGUGUUCUGUUAAAAAAUGCUCACAUAAAAGUAUUUAUGUUAAGCGAUUUUAAAAUGAACAAAUACCUUAACUUCAUCUGCCUCUUAGGCGUCUUGAGCGUGGGGCACGCACAAUUCAAUGAGCUGGAGCAGCGCAACUGCAUUAUACCCAAGAUCCUGCAGGGCUCGUGGUUCUCAUGGGAGGUCGGCUUGCCCACCCAAACGAUCAUCGAUGCGACCUCCAUGUCCACGCGUGGCUAUUGCAUCAACUACCAGAAACACCGCGGCGAUGAGUACUCGUUUGUGUUCAAGGAGCGCUCCGUUAACUGUUAUCACUGCGUGCGUACGAUAAUACGCACAUUGAACAUAUUCGAGAAAUUCGAGGGACCAUGUGUGGGCUUGCCUCCUGGCCAGGAGCCCACCGUUGAAAACGUCUGCAAGGGCAUCAAAGAUGAUCAGCAGCAGAUUACGCUGUUCAAUGAAAACUAUGUGCCAAUCAAUUGUCGCUCGUCGCUCGAGGGCGUUUGGCAUUUUACAUAUCAGAAUCGAUUCCGCUUUACGGGCGUGUGCAAUAAGCCAGAUGCUCGCAUCCAAUCUUGUCAGACGGCUGGAACACAGUUUCUUAUACAGAAUCAAAAGUUCAACAUCACUUAUCAAAAGUGCGAGGGCAUGGAGGGCACCUUCAGCGGCACCGUUGAGUUUAGCUGCUUGGGCGAUUGGUUUGUGGGAAAAAAUCAUUAUUUUGCUGUUGCCAAUACAAAGGAAUCGCGUAAGGAUGAAAAAUACCGUUGCUUCCUCAAGAACCGUGAUGAUGAUCUCUAUGUGGGUGUCUCCAUCACGGCCGAGUGCAACACACUGAAAACGCCCGAAAACUCGCCAGAGCGUCUUAAGCUUACCCCAGUUAAGGCUGAAUUUGUAGAGCCCGGCUGUACGCUUCCCCAGAAUUUCUCUGGCGAAUGGGUGAACACGGCCAACAUUGAUGCCGAUGUGUCUAUCAGUGAGACGCACAUAAAUGAGACAUAUUAUCCGGAUAGAGCACGAUACCGUAAGACAAUUUACGUGUGCCGCGAGCGUCGGGGCAAUCGUGUUAUGAUGGCGCGUCUCACUGUCGAUGGUUGCCAAAAGGAUUACGUUUGCUUUGACUUUAUGCCCAGACAUCACAAUAUUAUACGCUAUCGCAAGGGCUUAGCUGUCAUCAAGGAUGAUUUCAGCACAGUCUGCUCUUGGGUACAAUUUCCCAAUUCAGAGGCUUGGAAAUACGAUUUGUUCUUGGCGAAAAACCCGGUUCCUGUCCGAUGUCCAGUCGCUGGCAAGUUCAAUUUCACACAAAGAGGCGAGCAUCCCUUUAGAACAAGAAUUUUGGGUGGCGUUACUUUGAGUCCACGUCCCGAUAUCCACUGCAAGCAAAACAUAUCUGAUUUAUCAGUUUGCGAUACAGACCAAAAGGAAUUGGCUGUCGAUGAGAACUAUUGCUUGUCCGUGGAUCAUUUGGGCCGACCCGUUGAUAUCUACAGUGAUCCAGAUUACCGCAUGAAAUGCAUUGGCUUUUGGAAGGAAAAUCUGAAAUCCUAUUUAAUUACCUACGAUGAUUUGGAUCCGCUAUCCAAGUACCGUUGUUGGGUCUAUCAACGUGCCGAUCUAAACCGUGUCCUCAUGUCCCAAGCCGUGGGCGCCUUCUGCAAGCUUAACCAAGACGUGACCUCAUGGAAUCAUUCCGAAGGCGCUGCAGUCGCCAUUGAUGCCGUUGAGUACGAACGUGAGCGCGACGACUGUCCAAUGUAUUUCGACGAUGGCUUAAAUCCUUGGAGACCUUCGGAUGCUUCGAAUAUUGUGUUUGAUUGGGACUUUUACAAGGCCGGCGCAAACCGUUUGGCUUCCCUUAUUAGUGCGCCGGUCGUUUGUGCCAUCAGCGCAGUUUAUAUACUAGCCAGGUAUUUAGUCGCUUAAGAAGUUUAGAAUAAUUUGUUCAGUACCAUCCAUCAUAUCCGAGCCGAAAAGUGCCCUUUUAGAAAUAUCUAAUAAUGUGCCUCAAAAAUUCAAUGAAAUUAACGGAAUUUUUUUCAACAUAUCUAUGGUUAGUUUAUAAGUACACACAUAAUGGAGCUCUUACAACUCAUUACUAUGCAGAUUUACAAAUCUCUGCAUCACUUUUGCAUUCCGUCCACAAAAGAAUCUCAAAUGUUUUUGUACAAACGACUACAGCUAAAUAAAUAUUACAGUA